AUCAAAUUUGUUAGUCUCCUUAAAAAAAAUUACUUAUGCUUAUACUAAAACACUCAAAUUUAAUUCAAACAACUUCAAGUGGUUGUACAAGAGGCUUGCCAAUGCUGCUUUCAAUUGUGUUGCUGAUACUUUACUGUGCUGAACAAUUGUCUGCAAUUCAAUUGCCGCAACCUGGAAACCAAGCAAAUGUUGCAACUGGAACCACAAACCUCAUGAUCACUGCAACAGUAACAACUAGUCCAUCUUCAUGUACGUGGUCAGGAACAGGACUAACUAGCACAGAAUUUUACUCAUCGGCUUUUGGUCGAUGUAAGACUCUUACACCAACUGCUACACAUAGCAUUACAUGCACAAACGUACCUGGGGGCUUUUCUACAAGUCUGACAUACCUUACUGCAAUGACAAGCAACGCCAGCGUUUCACUAAUCUGUGGCUCUGUUGCUUCUGUUGUUUACUCAUUGUCAAUGAUAGUAAAAGCUUGUUCAUCUCCAACACCCAACAAUGUUCCAGUCAACCCAUCAAGUGGUGUCUACAACACUCGAGCCAACUUCCAGUGUUCCCAUGGUUCAACUUUAUUUUAUGUAAAUGGAACAACUGGAAACACUGCAACCAAAUGCCUUGCUACAGCAGAGUGGGAGAAUGAAAAGAUAGUUCAAUGUUGGUCAGCACCAACUACUACAUUGAUUGGCAACAAUACCAUUUGUGCUGGAAACAUUGCUACAUUCCAAUGUACUACAUCUGGGGGUGUCCCUUCUUUGGACAGAGUUGAAAUUUAUUUCAAUCAACAAAAUCAAACGUUGGUUGGUAACACAUGGACAAGCAAUCCACUGAGUAGUUCAAACAAUGGAGAUAUAGUGGAAUGUAGAGCUAUAAAUAGCUACACUGCCAUGCAGGAAUAUACAAACUUGGGAAGAGACAGCAAGACAUUGAUUGUUCAUUAUUCAGCAAGGAAUCCAAAGUUUGAAACCAAAUUCACGGAUCUGUUGAUCAAUUCAAGCAGUGAUUACCUGCUUAGAUCAGAUGAGACGUUGACCAUAAAUUGCUCAGCUGAUGGAAACCCUGCUGUAACUUGUAACUGGUCUUGUUCUCCUACAAAUUGUGGUAGUUUACCAAACACUUGUGAGAUCAACAAUUUAAAUGUUGUUGGUUCCACAACCAUCACAUGUACGGUUGGUAAUGGUGUUUGUGGAGGUGGUACUACCAGCAUUACUCAACACAUAACAGUG